UACAAAAUGGCCACGUACAGAUGACAGCUGCCUGAAGUUUACGACUCAGAAGACGAUGUCGUCGCUUGUCAUCGUUUGGUCUGUUUCUAUCCUCAUAGCGACGUCCUCUUCUGCCAAAUCAAGAGUACGAUCCGAUGAAGAAACAAAAGCAUCGCUGGUUGAUCACAGUGCAGAAGAGAAGAAAGUUGAAAACAUUGUUUAUGGAGGAAUAUUAAAAGAUUUCAGUAGAAAUGUACAGCCAAAUGAUACUGACAUUGUCAAUGCUGUUGAGUAUUCCUUAGAAUUCAUAUCAUUAAAACAUGCAGAUAAAUUACCAAAAGAUGAUAAAGGCAACAUGAUAAGACCUCAGGUGCUGGAUCCCAAGAAACUGAAAUUACAGUAUACUAUGGAUGGAGUGUCUCCAUUUCAUUAUGAUGUAGUAACUAUAGAAGGCGGCAAGAAACAAUACCAAAGUCGUCAAAUAAUCGUUGGAGUUACUUACUUCUUCAUUCUAGCGUGGCCAUCAGUGAAAAACAGUUAUCGCCACCAGUUUAUUAUCAGCCAAGAUAGACUUCGAAACUCAUACAUUUACGAACAUACUUAUUACUUUCCUGAUUACCUCAAAUCGGCAAUGAUGGAUGCCGGUUCCACUGACGAAUAUUGCAAAGUGAAUCAGUUAUUCAAAAGUCACAUGACAGUGUCUGGUCAGCCAGUUUCUGAUCACAUGACCAUGACAGAGGGUGAAUCAUUGGCUGAAUCACAAACUCAUGUGACCCCAGUAGACCAAUCAGAAUGCCCGCAUCUUAGUAAAUCAUUUCCUGGCAAAGAAAAAACUGGAGACUUGCUAGCAAAAUUUGAAUUGAAAAAUAAAAGAAUUGAUGACCAUGUGCAGUAUUUUGUGAGCGCUGCUUCUUAUAAUAUAUGGAAUUUUAAUAGUUUUGUUGAAGACAAUCAUAAAGAAUAUGAAAGAAGAAUUCUACAUCUGGGUGAGAUUGUAUCCCAAAGUGAUUCAGACAUCGUAUCAUUUCAAGAAGUUCGUUUUGAUUUGGAAAAAAGCGGUGAGCUAGGACCAUUCCAAGUCCAACACCUAUCAUUAGCACUGCCAAAUUACCAGUUUAUCUAUCAGCCGGCUAUGACAUUCAUGGAUAAUAUAUUUGGACGAACAGAGGAAGGUCUGGCUAUUUUCUCAAAAUUUCCUAUCAAGUCGCAUGAUUUCAUUCUUUUGUCAAGGAAUGCAUCUGAUCCAAACGACUUUCAUCAAAGAAUUUGUAUUCAUGCUGAAAUUGAAUUUCCUGUCUUUGGAAUGAUACAUGUGUUUAACACUCACCUGUCAUUGAGUGAAGAUGCCAGAGAUAGAACCGUGGUUGAGAUAUGGGAAUUCAUGCAGAAGUUCACAGGACCAGCUUUACUAAUGGGUGAUCUUAAUGCAGAACCUCAUGAAAAAUCCAUCAAGUUUCUUACUGGACAAGCUGAGAUAAAUGGAGUGCAAACAAAAGGACUGUACGAUGCAUGGACAUUACAACACAAAGAGCCAAGAUCUGCUAAACUGGGUUUAUAUCGUGCAAAUGAGAAGCGAGAUCAUGGUCUGACCUGGAGUACAAUUAAACCACAAUUAGUAUCAAGAAUUGACUACAUUUUUGUGAGGCUGCCCAAGGACAUUCAACUCCACAACAUCUCUUUAUUGGAUGAUGGAAAGAGAAAACACUUUGCUGCAUCAGAUCAUCUUGGUCUCCUAGCAACAGUUUCUAGGGCAUUGAACAUUACUUAACCAACGUGUUAAUGAUAUCAGUUGAAAUAUUUACAAGUUGCAAUUUUUAAUUUAUCUAUUAUAUUGUGAAAUAUCAAAAAUAUUUGUUUGUUCAAUUAAGAUUUUGUAAUUUCUCAUACAAGUAAGAAUUCCUCCUCCCCAUUCAGUGCACUUUGUGGGUAAAGACUAGGUCAGAGUAUGCAUCAUCAAAACAUAUACAACGUGAGAUUGAAGCCAAAAGUGGUUGUAUUUCUUUAUUUUGGUUACAACUAAAGGUUUUAUAAAUUGUUAACAGAGUUACUGAUCCUCUGUGCAGGCUGAUCACAGAGACCAAUAACAAUUAUUUCUGCAAACUCGUCACAAGAUGUUUUUGUGUUCCAAGAUCAUAAAAGCAUGGACUCCAAGAAUUAAAAAAAAAUUUUCAAUGCAAGAUGUAUAUACAGUGUUCAAGUAUGUUUUAGAUAUUGACCCAAAUUAUCUGGAUCACUCGAUAGACUGACA